GAUUAUUUUGGUCCUGAUAAAUUCGACCUUAUAAGGCUCUGUCAUUGAUCGGAAGCAUUGCAAAGUGAAAAAGUGAGCCCAUCUCAUCAUGUCGUUGGAGAUUUACCAGGUCUUUUUAGUAGUCAUUUCCUUGGCAGCAUUUGUUCAAGGUGAAAGAAACCAAACUAUCAAUGAAGGAUCUCCUUUGGAGUUGACCUAUCAAAAAGAAGAUCCUGAAGAUUCCUGCAAAUGGGCUAUCCCUGGUGAAGUUAUCGAGCUUGUUAGUGGGGAACCCGUGCAAGGGGGCGAUAAUCGACCAUCAAAUUGGACGGCUGAAUAUUACGGAAGUAGCCCAUUAGAUUGUGGGGUUCGCAUCCCCAACACAUACAGGGCUGACGAAGGGGCUUGGCAAACCGUAAAUGGAGCAGAGACCAUCAAACAUUACAUAUCUAUCAAUGUCAAGCCAGCAAGUCCACCCGUUUUCACCGACCCUCAGAAGUUCGUUGAUGGAUCCCCAUCUUUUUCAAUCUACUCCCCCGAUUCCGACUUAAGAGAGAAUGUCACCUGUCAAGUUAAAGAUGUUCGCCCUCCGCCCAUAUUUGUCUGGGAAAUGGAUGGGGAGCAAUUCAAUGAGAGCAAUAUCUAUCAAGACGACAAUCCAGUGGGAGGCGAUCUGUUCAGCCCUCAAUCCAUUCUGACGUACAACCCCAAACCCAGUCACGACGGAAAACAACUACGAUGUGUCAUCCAACAUCCCGCAUUAGACGGCGAGCUUCAAGUGGUGGCCAACAUCACCGUGACAGCCCCACCGGAGCCCGACAAUGGUGGAGCCUUUAUUUCAGAGGAAGAUGCCAUCAUUGGACGAGCAGCGACCAUCAAUAUCAAGUUCAUCUCCAACCCUUAUCCCGAAGAAUUGCUCUGGUUCACCCCAGAUCUUCUGGAACCUGUGCAAGGUGGGAACUACACCCCAGCAGUCCGUUCCUCUGGCUCGCCCUCGUUUUCAUCCGGGCGAUACACGGCCUAUAUCGCCAAAAUUGGUGAAGGGAACGAAUAUUUGUCCACAUUGACCCUGGCCGAACUGACUCAAGAGGAUGUGGAUCAAAGCUUCACCUUGAUGGUGACGAACAGCAUUGGCUCUUCGAACUACACUUACACAUUCACGGAUGUCAAAAAUGUUUUGAGUGGCGGAGCUAUCGCAGGGAUUGUGAUCGGGUGUCUGGCCAUUGUGAUCUUGAUUGGUGUGGCUGUGGUCUUGGUCAUGAAGAAGAAGAAGAAAUCCAAGAAGGUCAAAUUCCCUAAAACUCAAGAAAGAACCAUCCCAGAGGGAGGUUUUCCUAAUCUGGGUGCUACCGAUGAUUGAUUGAUCGUGGGUGACAUUACUCUACAAAUAUGUUUGUUUGUAUUGAAAUAUAUCCCGUCAUAUUCUUA